CUCGUCUCCCUCUUCCGUAGCCGCCAUCCAAGUCGUCCUCCUCCUUCGUUUUCCUCUUCCCUGAAAAAGUCUCCCAAUCUCAGAACUCAAAUCCAAAAUCCGAAUCGGUCUCUUUCGAUUUUCGAUCCGAACAUCCGGAAUUCGAAUCGCCAUCGCGCGCUUUCCCUUAGAAUUUGAUUCCGGUUGCAGAGAGAUUAGGGCUUCUUUUUAUGGAGAGGAUUAUCGGAGGAAAGUUUAAGCUAGGUCGCAAAAUUGGGAGCGGUUCUUUUGGUGAAAUAUACCUCGCUACUCAUAUGGAGACUGGAGAGACCUUGGCGGCCAAGAUUGAAAGUAACAAGACGAAGCAUUUACAGCUUAUGUAUGAGGCCAAGCUGUAUAAAGUUCUACAGGGAGGAAGCGGCAUUGCAAGCAUGAAGUGGGCGGGGUUUGAUCAUGAUGAUAACGUUGUCAUCAUAGACUUGUUGGGGCCGAGUCUUGAAGACUUAUUUGUAUACUGUGGGAGGAAGUUUUCACUGAAAACAGUCUUAAUGCUGGCCGAACAGAUGAUUACGAGAAUAGAGUAUGUGCAUUCGAAAGGGUUUUUGCAUAGAGACAUCAAACCAGACAAUUAUCUCAUGGGUCUUGGCAGGAAAGCAAAUCAGGUUUACAUCAUUGACUUUGGACUUGCGAAAAGAUAUCGGGACCCAACUACAAAUCGGCACAUUCCAUACAGAGAAAACAAAAGCUUAACAGGAACUGCACGAUAUGCUAGUUGCAAUACCCAUUUGGGAAUCGAUCAGAGUCGUCGGGAUGAUUUGGAGUCACUUGGCUAUGUUCUUCUGUACUUCUUAAGAGGAAGCCUUCCUUGGCAGGGUCUAAAAGCUGCAACGAAGAAGCAAAAAUAUGAUAAGAUUUGUGAGAAGAAGUUAUCAACUCCCAUUGAGGUGCUAUGUAAGGCGCAUCCUGUGGAGUUUGCAUCCUACUUCCACUAUUGCCAUUCCUUAACAUUUGAUCAACGUCCGGAUUACUCAUUCUUGAAGCGUCUGUUUCGUGACUUAUUCACCCGCGAAGGAUUUGAGUUUGAUUAUGUAUUUGACUGGACAAUCCUAAAGUACCAGCAGGCGCAACAGACAAGGGCUCAUGGUCAAUCAGCUCAGCCAGCUGUAGCGACAAAUGGUCAAGUAGUGACUAGCAGUCGAGCAGUGCCUAUGGAUGUGAGGAAUCAGGGAGUUGAUGAUGUUUCUAGACAAGCUCAGCCUCGAGAACAUAAAAGAUCAAGUCAUCUUGUUCAUAUUCACAGGCCAUUUAGAUCAUCUGCAGUCCAGAAUUUGAGUGCUAAUAACUCUAUUGAAAAACAUAAUACGGGCAAUGCUCUCAAAAGAAAUUUACCAAAACCUGAGGGGCCAGCUGAAAUUGCUAAUGUAGGUCGCCAGCACGGUGCUUCAAGCAGUUGGAUGCCAUCUCCAAAUCGAACUUCUCAAGCAAAGUAAUAGCUACAGAUGUAAAAGAAUUUACUCGGAGCAUGCAUCUUGCUGUAGCAAAUGUAAUGAAGUUUGGAUUGUUUGCUUGGCAUAUGAUAUACCUGAAAAAUGUCUGGUAAAACAUGACCACACUGGAUGCAAUAGGACUUGUCUACAAAGCUUGGAGUUUUCAUGUGCAUAGGUGGAAAGGAUUGGCCGAGCCCGUUUAAUGUUGUGUGGAUGACGUGUAAAGUUUGUUUACCAUUUUAGUUUGAUAAAGAUCAUAAUUUUUUUUACAAUAUAGUUUGGUGACCAUGUAUCUUAUUUAAUUCAGGAUUGAGUUGCUUUCUGUUCUUAUUGCUGUAACUUUUUGGGAUGAAAGCCCUGGAUGUUCAUCUGGAUGAAGUUUCAAGUUUGAACCUUAAGUACCCAGGUCCUUCAGAAUCUGGAAAAGUGUAAACUAGUAUUUCAGAUCUUGAUAGGAGAUGGGUUAUAAAGGAUGAAAGGAAGGAACUUCAUUGGAACUGUUGAUGUCAAUUCAAGAGGGUAUUAUAGAUAUUUAUAUAUCCUUCCUUCUAUAUUGGUCUUUAAAUUCUUCUAGCUUUGUAUCUAUAGUCCAUUACUUGAAGCAGGGCCUAACUAGGUUAUAUCUUCAUGUUCAUUAGACUUUUCAGCCCAAGUUGAGGAAACCCUCAUUUGCCCGAUUCCCUAAUUCCCGGCCAGAAAUUAUGUGUUACACAGCGUAUAUAAAAUUUAUUUAUUUUC